AUGAGUAAAUAACAACAGAAAGAGUCAAUACGUAUUCAUUAAAUAAACAAUUUUAAAAACAAAAAGGAAAUGAUGGAUUUUGCGAAUGCUGAAUCUCAAAAGUUACAAGUAGAAUAAUUUUAUCAUAUAGUCAAAUAAAAAAGAAUUAACAAAAGUCAAAGGUAGAUCUUAAGGAGGCUUAAAUCGAUUAUAAACUAAUAUAAAUAAGACAAAACUUUAAGAAAAUAAAAAUUAUUAGAAAAAGAAUGGAGAAGAUUUUCAGGAUAAAUUGGAGAAUUAUACUUCAGUUUUUAUAGAAUCAUUCAAAUCUAUGAUUCUACAAAAGUAUCAAAUAAAAUAUUAGGAUUCAAUUAAUUUAUCUUCACCUAAAGUUCAAAAGUCUCAUGUAAGUUAAGAAUAUUCAAUAUAAAAUAUGUACUAUUAAUUAUAAUACUAUUAGAAGCCGAAUCAAUAAAAGUGAAAGUGAUAAAUAAUUUAGGAAAAUAGUAAAAAAAAAAUAAACAUAAUAAAAAGAAUAAUAAUAAUUAGAGUUAUUGUAAUAAUAAAAAAAUUAAGAAAAAGAAUAAAUUUAAAAGCAGAUUGAAAACGAAAGUACGAUCUUUAAUUCAUAAAACUAAGAAUUACAAUUAAAAAAUAUAAAAAUGAUAGAAUAUUAAAGAAUACUAGGGGAAAAAAUUGAAUAGUUGAAUUAAUAAAUAUAAGAAUAAAAUCCAGAUUUCAAUAUCAAACUAAAAAAUGAAUUUCUUUAAAAAAAAAUAAAUAUUUUGAAUAACAAGAUAGAAAGAAUUGAAUAUAAUAUUGUAUAAGUUGAUGAUAAUUUCGAAGCAUAUGUUAAAAAUCUGAACAAUAAAUUAAUAAAUUUAGAUCAAUAGCUCAAUCCAAAUAAGCAAUGUACAUUAUAACAAUCUAAUGAUUAAUCAAAAAAAGUAAUUAGCAGACAACAUAAUUUAGAAAAAUUUAAAUAAUAAAAUGGAAAAUAAUAGCCAAAUUCUUAACUUGAAGAAUUAACGUAAACUUAUAAGUAAGAGAAGUAAAAACUUUUAUAAGAAUAUCCAGAUAAAGAGAAAUUUUAUCAAGAUCAAAAAAAAUAUUUCUUAAAUUAAUAGGAUUAAAUAAAAGGACUCAUAAAAGAUUUAGAAUAAGAAAUUUAUGAAAAUAAAAUAAUUGAAUAAAAUCUUACAAGUAAACUAAAUUUACUAAAUAUUUACUCCCAAUAAUUGUAAGAAUGCGAAAAGAAAUAAUUUAAUACGGAAGAGUAGAUUCGAUAGAUCUAAUAAGAAUUUCAAAAUAUAAUUCUAUAACAUCAAAAUCAAAUAACUAUUUCUGAGAAAUAAUUAAUUGAAAUAAAAGAAUAAAUAAAAAAUCUAGCUUAUUUAGAAAAAAUCAAUUACUAAUCUUCUAAAACUGAAUAUCUAGUGAAAAUUUAUAAUUUAGAUCAAAAUUCUAUAAAAAUAGAUGAUUUAAUAGAGCUGUAUAAAUAUAAUAGUCUUGAAAAAGAUCUAUAAACGUAUGAUGAAAUUAUCAAUAUAAAUAAUGAAGAUGAAACAAUACUAAAAUUAGAAUUGUUUAAAAUAACCUUUUAAAAAACUUCUAAAAUCAGAAAUUCGCUUUAUUAAACAAAAUGGAUAACUGAAGAAUCACUUUUAUCUUUAGAUUAACUUAAUAAUAAUAGUUUAGUAAUUUUUGAAGAAAAUUAACAAAAUUCUUUUUUUUUAACAAGCGAUUUGAUUAAUGGUUUUGCUGAAUAAUUAUAGAUGAAAGAUGAAGCAUAUUAUUUUAAAUUGAAAAGUAAUUUAAGAUUAUUCUAUCCAAGACUAUGUAUUUUACCUAGUUGUUUUUUAGAAGAAUUUAGAUAAUACUUUAAAUAAAAUAAAAAUCUUUGUAUAAAAUUAAUUAUAGAUUAUUUUGAAGAUUUUCAAGCAAUUUAAUAUCAAUUUUAAAUUAUUUAUUAAAAAAUUGCAUUUAUAAUUAAAGAAGGCUCACUUUAUUAUGUAAUCACAGUAGAUUUAAAAAAUCUAUUAGUUAUAAUUUAUAAUUCUAUUCCUAAACCAUCAUAAUAAUAUUAUGAACUUCAGCUUUGUUUGAAUUAUUUAUUUAGUUAACUUCUUAAAGAAAAUAUAUAGUUUUAAUUACAUGUUAGUCCUACAUUUCCAAUUUAAUCAGAUCAAUAUAAUGAAAAUCUUACAGGUUAUUAUGCUUGCAUUGCUCUUUAAUAUUUUAGUAAGAAUUAAAUAAAUAAAAAUUAUUUGGAAAUUAAUGAAAUCACAUAGUAGAUUGGAUAAAUUAACCUUAAAAGAAAUAUAUAAUCUAGAAUCUUAUAGAGAGAAUAAUUAGAAAGAAUAUUGGAUAUUAAAAAUUGA